UUCCGGCCUGCCAUUCCGAGUUCGCGCCGUGUUCAGUUCCAAAUUAAAUUGAAAGCAUUGUGAUUUUAAAGCGUAAUUGAAGAACUUUAGUGUCGAAACAGUUCCAGAAGUUGGAAUUACUAAUUAACAGUCUUUAUUUAACCGUUACCAUUGAAUCCUUAUCCACCAUGUUUUGGGGACUGAUUAUGGAACCGAACAAACGGUACACCCAAGUGGUGGAAAAGCCGUUCCACAUAUCCCAAGCGGCCAUGGACAUCUCCACGGGCGAUAAUGACCCGUGCCAAGUCAUGGUGGUGGUCGACGGAAAGAACUUUUUGGUGUGCACACUCCAGAAGAACAAGAACAUCCAAGUGCCUUUGGAUCUGUACUUCAAAUCGGGAGAUGAUAUUUCAUUUUUGACAAAUGGAAAGUGCAAUGUCCACUUAACUGGCUACCUGGACCCUGAGUUUGAGGAGGAGGAGUCUGAAGGUGAUGAGGAGGAAGAGGACGAGGCCCCCACUCUGGUGUCGGCAGCCAAGAGGAAACUCGAGAACAGCAAUGAGAAAAAUGCCAAAAAGCAAAAGAAGAACAAGAAAGCCGCCCAGGCUGACAGCUCAGACUCUGAUGAUGAAGGCGAGGACCAGCUCCAGAAGAUCCUUGAUGGUGAAGACCUGGACACCGAUGACAAUGAUGAGUCCUUCAAGCUAAACACCACGGCUGACAGUGACAGUGAUGAAGGAGAGUCCGAUGACGAGGAGGAAGCAGAAGAGGAGGAAGCAGAAGACGAUGACUCCUCAGAGGAGGCCGAGACCACCCUCGACACCAGCAAGGAGGCCGAGGUGGACAUGUCCAAGCUGAGCAAGGCGGCCCGGAGGCGCCUGAAGAAGAGGCUGCAGAAGCAGGGCAAGGAACCGCAGGUCAACGGCAUCGACAAGCCUAAGAAAGAUGCUAAAGGCGAGCAACAGCAAAAGGAAAAAAAGAAGCCGGAGGCGAAAAAGGAAGCCCAACAGAACGGACAAGUUGAAAAGAAAGAAAAAAAGACCAUCAGCGGCGGAGUGGCCAUCGAGGACUUGAAAGUUGGAAACGGACCCGUCGCCAAGCCAGGCAAAAAUGUUAUGGUAUACUAUGAAGGGCGCCUGAAGUCCAACAACAAGAUGUUCGACAACUGCCUGAAGGGGCCCGGGUUCAAGUUCCGGCUGGGCGGCAAGGAGGUGAUCACGGGCUGGGACGUCGGCAUCAACGGCAUGAAGGUCGGCGGCAAGAGGCGCAUCGUCUGCCCACCCAACAUGGCGUAUGGUGCUAAAGGCUCCCCUCCAGUCAUUCCGCCUAACUCCACCCUAGUCUUCGAAGUGGAACUUAAGAAUGUUAAAUAGAUGUAAGGAAGCUGUCGCCAGUGUCACGAACACCUGUUUGUUUCGGAUCCGCCGAGGUUGUUGAAUGUUGCCAUGAAUGAGAGGAUUGUUUGAUCAUGGUUUGAUAAUGCAAGGUUUUUUCUUAUUAUAUUUUUCCUUCUAUUGACUGGCUCAGGAUGAGACUACCUUGCUUUAUCAGACCAUUGUUUGCUCAUGUUUAAGGUGCUUGUAUGAAGUAUCUGCAGUGUUAUUGCUCAA